AUGGACCAGAAGGUGAUAGAGAAUGGCGAAUAUCUGAUUGUACAAAAAGUGGACGGUGAGCAGAUUAGAGUUAUGCGAUUCACACCGAAGCAGAAGAUUUUGAUUGAGAAAUUGAAGUUUGAUGCCGAUAAGUGGGUUUUUUUUUGAAGAAGAGAGAGAGAGAGAAACGUGAUGUGAAUGAUUUUUUAAAAGUCAAGACUUGAUAAUAGAAAAAAAAACGGUGUGAUAACAAUGAAAACCGGCCCACGCCCCAGGAAUUUUGUAUUUGCAUGUGACGAAUUUCGAAGGGGAGAUUCGAAAAUGUCGAAUUUUCAUUCAAAAUGUCACCGAUAACGAGUUCCGAUGACAAGGGAACAAUUUUUUGGAAAAAAAAUUUCACAGGGAAAAUUUCAACUUUCAUCCUGUUUUCUAGUAAUUUUCUUUGUUUUCUAGUAGUUUUCGACCCGUUGAUCACGAUCCCGUCGUUUAAAAUUUCAGAAUUCAAGUCCUAGCAUGAGUUAUGACUUGGCAAAGCUCAGAAAUUUCGAAAAAUCCGGACUUUAGCAGCUGAAAUCUAGAAUCAUUUUUGAAACUAGUUUUCAGCUCCUAAAGUCCGGAUUUUUCGAAAUUUCCAAACUUUGAUAUGGUAUAACUCCUGUUAGGAGUUGAGUUCUGCAAUUCUAGACCGCAGGAUCGUGAUCAGCGGGUCGGAAACUACUAGAAAACGUAGAUUUUAUGAAAAAUCUAGAGUGAAUGUUGAAAAUUUUGGUCUGGAAGUUAUUCCACCUGGAAAGCAUAAAACAUUCGAAACCUGAAAUUUCAGAGAAUUUUUUAUGGAAACAAUUUUCCCAAAAAAAUUUCCCAGUUUCUAUAUUCUUGAAGUAAAAAAGUUCAACUUCGAAAUUGGAAAAUCCACAAAUGUCCUCUUAUUCCAGUGCAUUUGGAAAACCAUACGGUUUGUUCGAAAUCGUCGGUGGAGAUUGUAUCCCAAUGACUGCGCAAAAAUUGCGAGACGAAAUCGAAGAACAAGAUGCAGCGCUCAGUGUGAUGAGCAAAAAAGGUUUGUUUUUUAUCGAAAAUAUUUCCCGAAAAGUCCGAAAAAUCUCCAAUUUUCCAGAAGAUUUGACGACUGGCGAUUCUGUUGAUUCAAGUUGUGAAGAAAAACCAAGCGAAAGAGUUGUAAUCGCUCCUUCGGCAUUGAAAUUAGAGCCCGAGCAAAAACGUCAAAAAUUGGUGCAAGACGAGGUUUUGGAGAUGAAAAAGCAAGGAACGACGGGAAAUGAAUUGGUCGCGAAAUUAGUCGAAGGAUCAGCUUCUUUUAACACUCGAACAACUUAUUCGCAAAGCAAAUAUAUAAAAAGGAAAUCGAAGAAACAUUCGGAUCGAGUUCUGAUUCUUCGACCAACAAUUCGACUUCUAGCAAAAUCAUAUUAUAUGAAAGAUCCGGAUCGAAUUGCAAUGCUUCGAAAUGAUCAACUUGGUUUAAUUUUGCAAAUGGCUGGAAUACAUCAUUCGAAAAAUGUGAUUGUUUUUGAGCAAAAUCUUGGGCUCAUCACAAGCGCUAUUAUUGAAAGACUUGGUGGAAAAGGCGCUUGUAUUCAUAUUCAUCGGGUUGGUAAUUUUAUUCAUAAUUAGUAAAUUAAUUAUAAAAUAUAAAAUAUUAAUUUUUAUAGGGAGCAAUAGCCCAAUCGAUUCCCUGUGUUCAUUCGAUGAAUUAUGACGAGCAAACGUUAUCCACAUUUUUGCCGGUGAGAAUUGGAUGUGUUUUGGCUGGAAAACAAUUGCCUUAUGAUAAUCAGAGGAAGAAUGGAACAGAUGAAGAAGACUUGGAUGUGAGAGCUGCUGAUGUCAAAGAAUUGACUGCGGAAGAGGUGGAAAUUUUAUGUUUUCUAAAAAAAAUUGUAGAACUCAAUAUGAGUAGCGAGACUUUAGGAGCUGAAAACUAUAGCUUCAAAAAUGAUUUUCUCAAGAAAAUCUCAUAGCUGUUCACGAGAGUCAUAAGUUGAGAAGGUUCACCCAUGAACAAACUUUUUUCACUCAAAAAAAUAUUCAAAAUUAUUUAAAAUUUUUGCAAAUUUGGUUUUGUUGAGUGAAAAAAGUUUAUUCAUGGUUUGCAGAGAUCAAAUUUUUCUUUAAAGACACAUAGAAAACUAGAAAUGUGUGUUCGUAAUCUUCAAAAUUUGAACGCGCGCCUUUUUUCAAAGUUGUGUGUUGUUCGUUUGAAAAAAGAAAAAACGAAUAAAAAGUGGUGGUACGGUAUGCUAAGAAUGCACACAUGUGCGGCAAAUAACGGACAUUUGUGCAAACACCAAAUUUUGCGUCGGCUGAGCGAUUUCAAAAAAGGUUUUUUCUUUUUUUGACUUUCGCUAAACUCAAUAUUUUUCAAUUUUGUUUAUGUACUUCCACUAUUUGAAGGAUGAUAAGAAACAUGCAAAUAAUGCUUUUCAAACGAUUUCUAGUUUUCUACGUGUCUUUAAAAAUCUGAUUUUCUAAUGAACCUUUUGAACUUAUGUUGUCGACACUUCUGAACAACGCUAUCAGGUUUGCAUUAAAAUCAUUUUUGAAGUUAGUUUUAAGCUUCUAAAACAUACAUCAGUUUCUCGACCCCCUCCGGACGAAAAUCCGGGGAUACUGAUGUAUGUUCUAAAAUCCCGCCACGUCAUAACUCAUGUUAGGAUUUUUUUGAGUUCUGCAAUUUUAUCGCGAUCAGCGGGUCGAAAAUUAGUAGAGAAUUUGAUUGAAAAUCUUUUUUUGUCCAGGAAGAAGCCCUUGUUCGUCGAAAUGAUCGAUUGGCGAAGGAAAAACUGGCGAUGGAUUUGAUUGAAAAUGGACAAACGCAUUCGCUGAUCAUUGGAAGUCGAACUGUAGGUUCCACAUAUUUAUGUUUUUUCAAAAACUAAAACUUUUAGUAAAAAGUAUAUUUCUAGAUUGACCCCAUCAAUGUUUUGGAGCAAUUCUAUCAUAAAUUGGCUCCAGCAUCAACAAUUGUCAUUUAUUCGCCGCAUUUGAAUGUGCUAGUGGAAUCGUAUGAAUGGCUUGUCAAAAAUUAUGCGAUAAAUUUGAAUAUUACAAAUCAGAUGUGUCGCGUUCUACAGGUACACUUUUUUGACGUGGCAAAGCUCUGAAAAUUUCCAAUUUCCAGGUUCUCCCGGAUCGAACUCAUCCACUGAUGUCUCAACACAUUGCCGGCGGCCAUAUUUUGAGCGCAAUCAAAGUGCUUUCGGCUGAAAAUUCCAGCUGA